GCACCUUUUUGUACCCAGAUCUUAGCAGACUAUGGAGCCGAUGUUAUCAAAGUAGAAGCUAUUUGUAAAGGAGAUGACACUCGACAUUGGAUGAUGCCAGGAGAAAUCGCCAAAUGGAAAAAGUCAAAGGGUCCAAUGUCAAACUACUUCUCCGCUGUGAAUCGAAAUAAGCGGUCCCUUACGCUAGAUAUAAAGCACCCAGAGGGCAAAAAGGUUCUAACGCGCCUUGCAGAAAAGGCGGAUGUCCUGGUCGAAAACUUCAAGCCAGGCACCAUGGACCGACUUGGUCUGGGAUAUGAAUAUCUCAAGGAAAGGAACCAAAAACUGAUAUAUGCAAGCAUUUCUGGAUAUGGAACAACAGGGCCAUAUUCCAACCGCGGAGGAUAUGAUCCAAUAGCUGGUGCUGAAGCCGGACUCCUCCAUGUGACUGGGGAGCACAACGGACCACCCGUACGGCCUGGAAUCGGACUAGUGGACAUGGCAACUGGUCUAUACCUUCAUGGGGCCAUCCUCGCAGCUUUAACUGCUCGUUCGAAGAACGGCAAGGGUCAGAGAGUAGAUGCAUCUCUUUUCGAGACACAAGUAAGCCUUCUCACCAAUGUGGGCCUGGCUUGGCUCAACCUAGGGAUCGAGGCACAGAGAUGGGGUUGCCAACAUCCUAGUAUCGUUCCGUACAACGGUUUCAAGACCAAAGAUGCCUUUCUAGUCUGUGGUGCUACCAAUGACGCCCAGUUCGCCUCUCUUUGCAAGGUCUUGGGAGUCGAAAACCUUCUGAAAGACGAAAGAUUCAGCACAAAUCCUAAGCGUGUUCAUCAUCGGGAUAUUCUGAACCCCCUUCUAGACAAUGUGUUCGAAACCAAAACAACAGCGGAAUGGGCCGAGAUUUUCGACGGGACAGGCCUUGCCUUUGCCCCUAUAAACAACAUGGAGCAGACGUUUGCGCACCCACAAGCCGAUGCACGAGAUAUGGUUACUCAGAUCAACGUAGAUGCCACUGAGUCCGGUCAUCUCCGCCUGAUCGGUCCAGCAGUGAAGUUCGGAACAACCGUUGCGAGCUUGAGAGAGCCGCCGCCAAGCCUCGGUCAGCACACCGCGGAGAUAUUGCAUGAGCUGGGCAUUGAUGCCGCCGGUGUGGAAGCACUAAAAGAGAAAAAGGUGAUUUAA